CUACGUCAGACUUCUCAACAAACAAAAUUCCCUGCGGCUUUUUAAUUGAAGCUUUUUUUAUACCUUGGUAACUUGUCAACCUAACAGACUCUCAAUCGAGUCUAUCUAACAUAUUUAUAAUAUUAGUAAUUAACGAUUAAGUAACGGCAAUUUUUUUUUCAUCUAGAGCCCCAGCCAAAUUAUUGGCACACAGUUUAGUUCUCUGCCUAGUGAGUGUGUAGUACACCGUGCUCGUCUUUUAAUUGUUAACGAAAUUUUAUUAUGAUUAUGCGCAUAAUUUAAUAUGGGCUUGCUCCUGUCUAUUCUAGUGACUUGUGUGGGUGUCGUUGAAUUGCUUGCGUUUUACCAUAACGUGCGACGUCGAGUUGUCUAUCAACCUGUACAAACUGGCCUUAGUAAUGUGCAAGUGCAAUAUUUCAAAGAGCUAGAAGGAAUUAGAGAUAGGCUUGAAGCACAGUUGGAGCAGCUUAAUAACAGUAAAUCUACUAACUUACCAAGAUUUCAUUUGACUAUUCAUGAGAGUGGCGAGGAUGAUGCUGAACUUUCAUUGGCUAAAUCACGUUCCCCUACUCCAGACAUAACUGCCGAGUUUAUAAAUUUAGAAAAAUCCAAAUCCCAAGAAUGCGUUCCAGAAUUUUUAAACGAAGAGCAUAAACAUACUGAUAUAUUUAAAAAGAAAUUGGGCCACAUUGAAGUUGAAGUCGAUGGUGAUUUGUACUAUAGAAGAUCGCCAUCUCCGUUUCCUAGUUAUGACCUAACGGCACCUAGAAAUAGCGUUUGCAGUGAACUUUUAGACGAUAUUGUUAGUGUAGCUGAAGUUGAUGAACCAAUUAAUGCUGAAGAAACUUAUCAGUCAGGUAUUUUAGAUGCUGGUGCAUCUGCUCAUAGUUCCACUGAUUAUUGGGAAAACAAAGCUUUACUAGUACCAAAAAGAGGAUCGAGAUCUAGAUCGCAUUCUCCUAAACAUAAGUUAGAAGCAGGUGAUGCUUUGGAGCUUGUAAAUGAGAAAGUUUGCAGUGAAGAAGAUGAAGAAUUUGUGGACGUUGUUGAAACCUUCACGGAAGAAAAAAAAAAUAGUUUGGAUGGAUUGGACAAGGCUAGAGGCUGCAUAAAGAAAAAGUACGUUAAUAAACGGAAACAAAAAACUAAUAAACUAGGUUCAAGAGAUAAUGGAGAAACAAAAAACGUUAACGAAAGCAUUACCGGUGCUAAGCCUGGACAGCCUUUUUGGGUAAAUCGAAACACGAAUUAGGCUUGUAGUGCUUUUGUAAAAUAAAUAUUCUGUUUUGUUCAGUAGUGUGUAA